GGCACAGGCAGUCAUGGAUACAAGCGCAGACAGCCCCAUGCAAGGCCUGCAAAAGGCUGCCGUUUGCUCCAUCUGCCUGGAAUAUUUCAAAGACCCCGUUUCCAUAGACUGUGGGCACAACUUCUGUUUGGGCUGCAUCACGCAAUGCUGCGAGAAGUUCAGGAGUCGUUUCUGUUGCCCGCACUGCCGACGAAGGGCUUGCAAGAGAGACUUCAGACCUAACAGGGAACUGGCGAGCAUGGUCGACAUAGCCAAACGGCUCAAGCUGCAGGCUGAAAAAGUGGCGGGAGGGAAGGGAGCCUGCGGCAGGCACCAGGAGCCCCUGAAGCUCUUCUGUGAAGAUGACCAAAGCCUCAUCUGCGUGGUAUGCGACAGAUCCAAGGAACACCGAGCCCACACUGUGCUUCCCAUAGAGGAGGCAGCCCUGAACUAUAAGGAACAAAUUCAGAAUCAAUCCCAGAGUCUUAAGCAAGAGAGAGCAAAGCUGCAGGAGCUUAAACAGGAUGGUGAGAGGACAACAGAGGAGGGACUGAGAAAGUUAGAUGCUGAAAGGACGAAGGUGGUCUCUGAAUUUGAACAGCUGCAUCAAUUUCUUGAAGAAAUGGAGCAGGCCCUUCUGGACCAACUGAAUGGGCUGGAGCAGGAGAUUAAGGAAGGGCAGAAGGAAAAUAGUGCCAGAUUUUCUGAGGGGAUUUCUGAUCUUGGGGACCUGAUCAAUGAGAUGGAUGAGAAGUGUAAAAAGCCGGAUAGUGAAUUCCUGCAGAAUGUCAAGGAGAUAUUGACCAGGUCUAAGAGGAGAUCAUUUCAUUUGCCAGCCAAGGCUUCUCCAGAUCUGAAAGAGGAACUUAGGAAAUUUGCGAAGAAAACCAUUUCCCUAGCAGAAACCCUGAAGAAAUUCAGAGACUCUUUACACAUUGAACUUCAAGAAAAAGAGGAGGAGGUGCCUUCAACCGUAGCUGAUGUGACGCUGGACCUGGACACAGCAGGCCCCUAUGUCAUCCUGUCCGACAAUGGGAAAAGCGUGAGGUUGGGAGGCGUACGGCAGAAACGCACCAAGUCUCGGGACCAGUUCAACGUGUACCCCUGCGUACUCGGCUGCAAUGGGUUUACCUCAGGGAGGCACUCCUGGGAGGUAGAAGUGGUGGAAAGGGGGUGUUGGGCAAUGGGCGUAGCCAGAGACUCCGUGAAGCGGAAGAAGAGACUGAGCUUCCGUCCCGAAGAGGGCAUCUGGGCUUUAGAGCACUUGGGGGCUGAUCAUUACAGGGCUCUUACCUCCCCUCCGACCCCCCUGCCCCUGAGCAAGGGCUACGAAAGGAUCCGGGUGUGUCUGGACUACGAAGGCGGCAUGGUGGCUUUUUUUGAUGCAGUGAAUGGCAACUGGAUCUUCACAUUCCCCACAAGCCUUUUUGCAGGGGAGAGAAUCCAUCCUUGGUUUUGGGUUGGGCUCCGGUCCCACCUCAGACUAUUUCCCUAGGUUUGCACAAACCAUUUCGUUAAAGAGCGACAACUAGGCGUAAUGGCCCCUGGAUUAUUUUUGCGCAGCAAGUUGGCCCCACAGAAGCAGAGUGGGGGAAAAACACCAUACUGUAGCUGUCUCAUGCUUCCUUGUGUGCCCCCAGUAUAUUUCUAAUCAAUGCCUUUCCAGGUGUCUACAAUGCUGUGAUGAGAUAGAUUUCACCUCUGGUUUAAAUGUGAAUACGUUGUUUGUUUGAAGCAUGUAUUCUAAAAGCUGCAAGAGAAUCUACCUCUUUGAGAAGCUGGGCCACCUGAGAAUCUAUACAGUUCAUAUGUACCUGUUGUAAGAACAGUACGUGACAAAAUCUACACCGACAAGGGGAAAGCUGCAUUCCCAUUCAUAAGAAAACUCUUGGCUGUUUGUAACAUUUGGCAACUAACCUGUGCAGAGGGAUAGAUCUGCACUGGUAUUUUAAUGUAGGCUCACUCCAAAAAGACCCGAACUAAAGCAGAUCUUCCAUUUUUCUUUUUCUUUUUUAAAGCAACAGAUGGAUUUCAAGAACUGAGAAAGAUCUUUCUCCUUUCAAGGAGCCAUAUGGCUGAAAUCGCUCACCGAGGUUCCUGGUCAGAUUGUUGGCUCCUUCAGCCUUUUGAGUUAUGAGAUUCAGUAGAAGAACAUCUAUCACAGCUACUGAAUAUAGUUAUAGGAACAGACUUUGAAAGAUGUUCUGUUUGUUUUGAAGG